AUGUAUGUACUCGGCUUGCGAGUGCCAUCAGUUGAAUUGGGCGCAGCUUACAUCUAUCUCUACGCCGCAUUUCCGUUGUGCUGUUAUGGCUGGAAUUUCCCUAACAGGUUGUGCAAUAUUCUGACGCGUGAGGGACAUCUCUCUGGGGUUUCUCUUUCUGCCAUCAACCGGACUCUUGCUCGGCAUCCUCCUCCCCAUGCCCCGCCUAAGAGGAUAAGAGAAGGAGGAGGUGGAGGAGGCGCAGGAACAGGAGUCGGAAUGAGAGGAAAAGGAGUCGGCCUGCUCAGGAUCGCAGUCUCGAUCUUGCAGGUUCUGAAGGACUCCCUGCUCGAGAUGAGCCUGGAGGAUAUGGCCAAGUUCUUCAAGAUGAUGAAGAGCUACGAGACUGAG